GCCUGCGUGCGCGUGCAUGUUCAAUAACAAAACUGAUGUCUGCGUGUUGUUGAGAACGGGAAAGGUUCAGUGUGGUUUUCAGUCCAGCGUGUGGGAGUCGUGUAAGGAACACCAUGGAUGAAGAAGAACAGUUUGUGAACAUAGACCUGAAUGAUGACAAUAUCUGCAGUGUUUGUAAGCUGGAGACAGACACAGGAACCAUGUCCUUCUGCCACAUCUGUUUCGAGCUCAGCAUUGAAGGUGUUUGUAGUUCCACUCUUCUCCACUCCAAGUCUCUCCGCGGGCAUCGGGACUGUUUCGAGAAGUACCACCUGAUCGCCAACCAGAAGCUGUCGCGGGCCAAGGGCUCACGUAGCGCCUAUGAGGGUGUGAAGCGGGCGCUGAGUCAGCGCCUCAGUCGGAUUGUGCAGCUCGCACAGAACCGCGCCGCCGACUCGGACUCGCCCACGGGCCACCAAACUGGCUCUCGGCAUCAGCUGCUCUGUUACAACCAGCAGGGCGAACGCAAGCUCCUACCGCAGUCUGACACGCAGGUGCCACGCUACGCACCACACUGGGCAGAGGGCCCCGCCGUUGUCCAGAACGGCGACUACACCAAAGGCAUUCUGGGAUGCCACACCGACGAGGACCUGGGGUUGCAUCUGCUGCCGGGAGGGUGGGCAGGAGCAGUACAGAAGAGGGACGUUACCGGACUCUGUAACGCACAGUCGCCACAAGGGGACACGUCAGCCACACAGCCGAGAAGAUACCCAGCACACAGCCAAGAGGAGUUGGUCAAUAUGAGCCUUGAAGAGCUUCAUCAGCUGAAUGGACAGCUGCUGCUUCAGAUCCAAAAAGUGUUUGAGGAGCUGACCAGCGCUGUGCAGGAAAAAGACUCAUUGUCGUCCCAGCUACACGUGCGGCACAUUGCCAUUGAGCAGCUCUUCAAGAACUGCGCAAAGCUGCCAUGGCUGCAGAUCAGCAGGGCCAGCGUGAAGGCCAGCAACACGCCAGUGGAGUGAGGGACGAGUGGAACGCCUCCCAGGAGGGUUGGAAUAUGUUGUGCCGCUCGCUCGCUCGCUCACGCUCGGAAAAGGCCUUUCCUCUGGACUGAUGAACUGACCUCCCCUCUCUCCUCUCCUCUCCUCUCAACCCCUGAGAGAUGCACCUUUUUACUGCAGAGGACAUGCUGUGGACUAGUCCAGAUCAGUGUUCUGUGCUGCCAGUGCUUUACGGCUGACCGCAUAGCUGAGGGUGGUUAAAUAUGCCAUACUUGAAGACUUUCGAAAGUAAAGACAAGAAAAAAAAGAAAGAACAGACUCCACUGGUGAUGAUGACACCUUGUGUUGGUUUAAGCAAGUUGUUGAGACUUGGACCCAGAGGAAGAUUCUGUUGUAUUACCACUAUGCAGAAUUCAGAGUUUUAUCAGAUGAGUUUUACACACGCUAAUGCAGUUUAUUAUGAUUCAUCAUCAUCAUCAUCAUCAUCAUGAACUAUGAUUUUUAUCAGGGUUGGUUGUUGCAAUAAGGUGUUUCUUUUUCUUUUGUAUUUUUUAUUUGACUAUUUAUUAUUUAGCUUUAUUAUUGGAUUACUUUCAUUGUGUGCUAUGGUGUGAGUUCAGCACCAUACGGUUUUGCUGAACCAGUUCCACUGUUGCUGUGGUUACUCUCGCAAGCGAGGAGUUUGCACUGGACUCUGUGUGAUAUUUUCAUCUGCAGAGGGGGGAAAGUUCCACGUCAAAUAAUCUGAAGUGGUACCGGUGGCCAAGCCACUUCUUUGGAGAAGUAAAACCAAAGUGUGGGACUCUCCGAGACUCCGAGUAAUUUCUGCAGUGCUUUCUAGAGUGUUCCUUUUGUUUUAAACACGCUCAAGCAUGGUUACAGGGUGGAUGUUAUGAGUGAAUGAAUGAAUGGAUGGAUGGAUGCUGACACCUGCAGCUGCUUAUGCUUGUGGUUCUGUUCUCAUUGUGUUCUCAUUGUAUCAACAUGUCAUCCUGUUUCUGUGUGUUCACUUUGUAUUUGAGUUGUCACAUGUCAUGCAUUCACUGCUGUGUAAAGUUAGUAGGGGGAAAAAGCACAUUCUGGGCCUUAAAUAUUAAAAAGGGACAUGGCAAUAUUAAAUAUUAUAGCUUAUUUGAAUUGGUACCUCUUCUAACCAAAGUCUUCUAGGCAGACUAUUGUCUGUUUGUUUCUUUUGGCGUAUAAGGCACAAUACCUGAUAAUUGACAGUUUUAAAAGCUAGACUGCUCACUGUAUCAUACCUUUUCGAAUUUUGUUGGUUGUCUGUAUUUUCCAUUUAAUUGUAGGAUAAAGGCUUAUUUUUUUCUUGUGUGAGUGUUUUUAAUUUUACGUUUACAUUUAACAAUGCUUAAAUACAAGUAAACAGUUUUAUUUUCACUUUUCUGUAUAGUGUUCCUUUUUUCAGUAUUUUCAUGAGUUUUCUCAUUUUUACUUGACAUUGAAAGUCCUUUAAGACUUUGUUGUGGCUAUGCAGUCUCCCCUAAGCAAUCUCAGACUGAAUUUAGAAUUGAAACCAUGAGGCCCCCUCAUGGAUGUUAAGAGAAAUACAACUAUUUCAACAUAGUCCCAUCCCUGCAUUUAUGUAUAGGGAUUUCUUCAAAUCACUGUUGUCUAGAGAUAUGUAAGACUUGGAUUUCCGAAUACCAAUGCACCCUCCUCUCUUCAUAAGAGAAGAAUUUUUACCCCACUGGGGAUUUGUCGUGAAAUAUUGUGCUUGCGUUUUCUUGUGUGCGUUUUUUGGUGUGAAGGUGUGAAUUUUUCUGUAUUUGUAUUUUUUAUUUAGUUUUAAAUGACUGAAAAUGUAUUUUAUUGCGUGGUCGGUCAGUUAUAUUUCAGUUCUGUUUUAGCUGGAUGUCCCUCACAAAACAGAGCUUGUAACAUUUCAAACCACAGACAAAAGGACAGAUGCAGUUCAGGGAGGGAAGGUAUGUAUUAUGUGUGAAGUACUUACUAUGUGUGAGCUCUUCAUCAUACUCCUCUUGCACUGCUGGUCAACUGUGUGGUACAGUUCGUCUGCUGUAGGAGGAUUUAGCCUUAGCUCUUAGUCUCUGGACUCCUGUUUCACUCUUGCUGACAGAUAACUGAGAGUGUUGCAGAAAUCUGUAAAAUGGGUGUUAUGGUUUUGUUUUUGUUGUCUUAUUUUACUCUGGUGAAUGCGUGAUUUUUUUAAUGUCAUGUUACAUCAAGUAUUUUCAGUGCAUCUCCUUGUUUUGUUUAUUGGUAUUUGCUUAUGACUGUUUUACGUGCAACAUGCAAUAAUGUCCUCGUUUAAGCUCUUUAGAGAAUGACCUGAGUGCUGAUUUGUAUUUGUUCCUUUUAAACAAAUAAAGUUAUUUUCUUAAAAGAUAUAAA